GCUAGGGCAUGCCCUCCGAAGCGCCAUGCUGGGCGCGGGCGGCGCGGGGCUGGCGAGGGGCCUGAGGGCUGUGACGCAAGCGUGGCUGCGGGGCUCGCGCGGGCGGUCAGUGGUUCUGGCGCGCGCAGCGGGGCCUCCCGGCACUGGGGACUCGCGGCGCAGGGCCGGGCCGGGGCCGGGCGGGCGUGGGCUCAGCCUGUCGGCCGCGGCGGUCGUGGAGGCGGCGCCCCGCCCUGUGCAGCCCUACCUGAGGCUCAUGCGGCUGGACAAGCCAAUCGGAACCUGGCUGCUGUAUCUGCCAUGUACCUGGAGCAUUGGUUUGGCCGCUGAACCAGGUUGUUUUCCAGAUUGGUACAUGUUAUCCCUCUUUGGCACUGGGGCUGUUCUGAUGCGUGGAGCCGGCUGCACCAUUAAUGACAUGUGGGACCGGGACUACGAUAAAAAGGUUACAAGAACAGCCAAUCGCCCUAUCGCUGCUGGAGACAUUUCAACUUUUCGAUCGUUUGUUUUUCUCGGAGGUCAGCUGACCUUGGCGCUGGGCGUUCUUCUGUGUCUGAAUUACUACAGUGUAGCUCUGGGAGCAGCAUCCCUACUGCUCGUCAUCACCUACCCGCUGAUGAAAAGAGUUACAUACUGGCCUCAGUUAGCCUUGGGGUUGGCUUUUAACUGGGGAGCGUUACUCGGAUGGUCUGCUGUCAAGGGCUCCUGUGAUCCGUCUGUUUGCCUGCCUCUUUAUUUUUCUGGAAUUAUGUGGACUCUAAUAUAUGAUACUAUCUAUGCCCAUCAGGAUAAGAAGGAUGAUGCUCUGAUUGGCCUUAAGUCCACUGCACUGUGGUUCCGCGAAGACACCAAGCAGUGGCUCAGUGGCUUCAGUGUGGCUAUGGUGGGGGCGCUGAGCCUGGUGGGAGUGAGCAGUGAGCAGACCGCGCCCUACUACGCUGCUCUGGCCGCCGUGGGAGCCCAUCUGGCUCGCCAGAUUUACACUCUAGACAUCCACAGACCGGAGGACUGCUGGGAUAAAUUUACCUCCAACCGAACAUUGAUGAAAGUUAUGGAACAAAUCUCAGUAUCAAUAAAACUCCUGCAGCCAUUGUGAUAAAUGGGGACAGGAGAAUAUAGGACUUCCUUUAAAUUCCUCUGUGCCUCUUCCGGAUUCUAAAGGCCUCCACCAUCAGGCCGCACCCUACUGUUUCCUCCAGGUCAACAUACACUCUCGCCCUUGGGCUGAUCCCUUCACCUCCGGAGGCCACACUCAUCAGUCUCCCUCUGCCGUCACAACUGUCCUCCUGGCAGCUGGUACAGUGGCGAGGGCCUGGCUUUCAGAGCAGACAGGCCUGCAUGCAAAUCCCGUUAGCAGCUGGGAGACCUCGGGCAGUGAACCGCCCUCAGCUGCCAAACCCAGGCUCCUGUGAACAGUCACCAGAGUUGGCUUAUUAAAGCCCGCUAGGGGAUGAAUUGUGUUGCCCCAAAUUCAUAUAUUGAAGUCCUAACCCCCAGUUACUCAGAGUGUACCCGUAUUUGGAGAUAAGAUCUUUGAAGAGUUGAUUAAGUUAAAAUGAGGUCAUUAGGAUGGGCCCUAAUCCAUUAUGACUGGGGUCCUUAUAAGAGGAAAUCUGGACAAAGAGACACCGACACUUGCACACUCAGAUGGCUGUGUGAACGCACCGGGAGGAAACAGCUGUCUGCAAGCCAAGGAGAGGCCUGAGAAGAAACCUAGCCUGC